GAUGAGUGACUCCGAAUCCGAUACCGGUGAUGUUGAAAAAACCAUCGACCAUUUCAAUGGACCGGUGGAAAAUGCGUGGCUGAUGAAAAUUCCCGAAUUCAAACCAGAAGACAACCCGAAUGGCCUCGUGGAGGAGAGUUCGUUUUCGUGUUUGUUUCCAAAGUACCGUGAAAAGUACAUCAAAGAAUGUUGGCCACUGGUGGUAAAGGCAUUGAGCACACAUCACGUUAAAGCCGAGCUGGACCUUAUUCUGGGUAACAUGACGGUACGGACAACGCGCAAAACGUGGGAUCCGUUCAUCAUUGUAAAAGCGCGCGAUCUUAUUAAACUGCUGUCCCGUUCCGUACCGUUCGAACAAGCAGUUAAAGUGCUGGAGGACGAGAUUAGCUGCGAUAUCAUUAAAAUUAAAAACCUCGUACGCAACAAGGAAAAGUUUGUGAAGCGUCGCAGUCGACUGAUCGGUCCGAAUGGUUGUACAUUGAAAUCGCUCGAGCUGCUUACGAAUUGUUAUGUACUGGUGCAAGGAGCCACCGUGUCAGCAAUCGGCCCAUACAAAGGUCUCCAAUGCGUUCGCAAGGUGGUGGAAGAAACGAUGAAAAACAUCCAUCCGAUCUACAACAUCAAGGCGCUCAUGAUAAAGCGCGAGCUGAUGAAGGAUGAAAAUUUGCGGGAGGAAAACUGGGAACGGUUUCUACCACGCUUCCAAGCGAAAAACACCUCCAAACGGAACAAACCGAAGGUGAUUAAGAAGAAGAAAGAAUACACACCGUUCCCGCCACCGAUGCAGGAAAGUAAGAUAGACAAACAGCUGGCUUCCGGUGAAUACUUUCUUACCGAUGAGCAGAAACGGUCCAAGAAGCGACAGGAAGAGGUGGACAAGGAAAAGCGCAAUGUGGCUGUGCAGAAGCAGCGUCGCGAACAGGACUUUGUGGCACCGGAAGAACCAACCAAACGAUCGAAGGGUGAGCAGAAUAAAUCCGACCGAUUGGACGUAAAAUCGUUGAAAAGCAAAAUCGCAAAAGCCAACAAGCGGGCAGCAAAAUCAAAUUGA